AUGGCCACCAGCGCGACCAUCACCUUCUCGCGGCCCGGCGUGCAGCCGCCUGUCUAUGUCACCUCAGCUCUUAGCGGCUGGACCCCGCUUGAGAUGGACGUCGCCCCAGAAAAGUCUCCCGACGGCCAUGUCGUCUUCACAAAGACGUUUGGCAACGUGUCCUAUGGCAGCUACCAGUACAAGGUCCGUCUGGGCCAGGACCAUUGGCUCCUGGACGAGUCCAAGGAGACGGCCGCCGACGAUCAAGGCAUCCACAACAACGUGAUCCACGUCGAGCCUGCCCACGACGCCACCGAGCAGCCCCCGAUACCAGAUGCUGCUCCAACCAACCCGCCUGCGCCAAUUUCACACGAGCCCCUUUCCAAGCGCCUCGAAAGCCGCAAAGACAGCACCAUGGACCAGGACCAGCUGCCCGACAUCGCAGCCCACACGACGCCCAAGCCUGAGCAAGCCAGCAAUGUGGAUUCGCCCGUCGAGCCCGACACUUUGCAGCCGCCUGCUGUCCCGCUUGUCGUGCUUGAUAAGGUGGAUGACAUGCCCGAGCAGUCUAGCAAGGACGCUACGGCAGCCCAAAAGGUUGCGCGUGACAUGAGAGCUGCCGACGCAUCCCCCGACAAGGUCAAUCUUGUGCCCGACCAGCACGUUGAGCCUCCUCACGUCGAGCCCAGCGCAGACCAAGAGCAAGCAUCCCCCUUGUUCCGUCACGAAUCUUUCCAGUCCGAGGAGCCGCCAUCGGCACCUUCCAUGGACACCAUUGACGAGGAGUCUACGCUCUCUUCAGCAGAUCAAACUAGCUCGGGAGAUGCCAUGGAUACUCCAUCUGAGCUGGACGACGGCGAUGAAGGCGAUGAAGGCGACGAGCUCAACAUAAUGCCUCUGCUCAGCCACGAGACCGGAUUGGGCCAAGAGACGCGCGAGCUUGCAAACGGACCACUGUUCGCUCACGAAGCCGAGCCUGAGGCCCAUCCUGCCCACCAAACCCCGCUCUUCUCCCACGAGACCAAUCUGCCCGAUGACACCGCUGUUACAACCGACUCUGAUGGAGUGGACGAGCUGGACCGAUUUCCCCUACUGGCACACGAAAGUGGUUUCUCGGAUUAUAAGGGAAGCGAGAUUGUAACUAAGAGUGAUUACACCCAGGAAGAAGAGCCGCAGCAUUAUGGCCCUUACCAUGACGAUGGGGAAUCUGACGACCAUCCUGCGGGACCCGGUGAUGAUGCGCCUCUCCUCCCCCAUGAACGUGAGGCGGCCGUUGCCAAUAACACAGGCUCCGACUCUGGACACGAAGAUUCUCCGUUCUCAUUGGAAAAGCAGACUACCUUUGGCUAUGAGACUGACAGUGCGAAGAAUCUCUUUGGCGGGACUGCACGACAUGAUUUCUUCAGGCCACGGACAAACAGCAGUCUGCCGCAUAGGUUGCCGCGAUCCGAUGCUGAAGACGACGACCUGAACGACCCGUCCUUGGAGCGCUUCCCCACCAACCGCGACCAGAUUCUGCAGCGCGUGGCAACCAUUGGAGUAAAUCUACCUGAAGACGAGACAAGACACGGUCAUCCCCAUUCUCCUCAGCCGUCUGUCUUCUCGCAAGCGUGUUCUUCUGUCGACCUUGUACCGGUCAAGUCGUAUACAUCGUUGGCGUCUGUACCGGAAGCAGAUGACAGUGAUGAGGACGAGGACGAGGACCGUCAUGACCUUGACAGCAUUCCUUCGCCCGUCUACAUUGGUAGGCACAUGCUCCGUAUGUCUAACUCGCCAUCCGCAUUCGCACGUGACCCUCAUGCAACCCCCGUGACCGACGCAAGCAAGCGGCUUGAUGAUGCCAUACAAACAAAAGACCAUGCAAGGGAACCUAGUGGCGAAGCGAACGACAUUAACGGUCACGACGGUGCCAAGGACGUGCCAGAGCCAGCCAGUGCUUUGCACGACGCCAUCUCCAUGCCAAACGAGACCGCAGCAGCCCCAGUCAAACCUAGUCUCAAUGCAACGAGUGAGGAAACUCACUCAGAACCCAUUUCAGAUUCGCAGCUUCGACAACGCAAAGGUCUUGCCGAGGAACCCGCACAGAAAUCAGAUGCGCCACGCACUACUGACGAAGGUACCACGACGACGACGACCAAGGAAAAGAUUGCCAACACGAUACCAUCUUCGGCACUUGCACCGCAGUCUGAGAAGCGCCAGGAAGCCUCGCCCAAAGCUUCUGGCAUAAGCCGCCUGCUGACUGCCUGUGUUGGGGAUCGGAAAGUGGCUAGUGCUUCGGCCCUCUUACUUGGUGGUGCGCUUGCAGUGUACUAUUUUGUUGCUCUAGGAGCGUAAUGACGUCUCCUCUCUCUUGUUUUUUUCUUUGAGCCUUUCCUCUCAAUUGAUCCUUGACGAAGACGACGACUUACGUGGAUGGUUAGAGCGUAUGAUACAUGAACAGCCAUGCAAUGCAAUGGAUGACGGACCAUGGCUACUAGCAACGAAGGUUUAUGGUAAUGGAUUUUGUGCGUCUGGGGUGUAUGGGGCCUGUUUCGUGUUGCAUUUAUUCCUCUCCUUCUCUCUCUCUCUCUCUCUCUCUCUCCUUCCUGUUACUUAGUGUCGUGUUCAGUGUCUCUUCUUGCUACUCUUGUUUUCCUCUUUGACCACAUCCAAAGUCUACCCUAGGGAACAUGCAGCGUCCUUGGCAGAUAUUUGGUUAAUGCCACAAGCUAUCAUGAC